UUGUUGUAAUGGACGGGAAGCCAUUUUCUCACAGUGAGCCGGUACUGCCGCCACGUGUACAAUUUCAGAGGCACGUAACAAAAGUAACCGCUUGAAAUUCCCAUCUGAUUUGCGUUUAACUCAUUUGAAUGGGAAUUUGAGGUCGGAUUUUUCAGACCUGAGUAUAUAGCUGGAAAAAGCCUCGCAAAGAAACAUCAUACACGGGGUGUACAUACAAUAGGCAAUGCAACAGUUGCUCACUUCCUGUUGGUAGGCGGUAUCCUCGACUCUAGGCCCUGCUGUCUCAACCCCCCAUUUUGAAUCAGUUGUUGGACCUUCUCAUGUCUCGUUUGGGCGCAACAUGGAGGUGAGCACGAGAACUUUCGAGAUCUCAGUGGAAAUGAGUCUCUUUGGUUUCGGAGCUGACCUGAUAAAGUAAAACUGGAUUCUGCGUAACCUGCAUGGCCAAGUUCCCAAGAGCCGCAUUAAAAAGGAUACAAUGUUUCAAUAAAACCAUGCAUUGAAUAUGUGUGUUACUGCGUAGUAUUUACUCCUCCUCAAAAAUGUUUGCCAUAAACUUUGGUUGUAAAACUACUCUAAUUAAAUAUUUUACUUAACCACCCUGGUCGUGACCCACAGCUAACAAUAUCAUAAAGGCUACUAGUUUUAGUAUUAGAAAUGCGCGUUUCAUGAUCAACUCAAGUCACUUGCGUAAUGCAUUGCAGACCAUCAAGCGAGCAUGAAAAGGGUAACUACCAAAAGCAAAGCAACAUCACAUAGGGGUUUAUCUGCAUGCAAGCUCUCACUAAAUGUAAAAUUACACUAGCCUAAAUGGCUUUUUGUCCUAAAUUGUGUCUCAGUGGAAUAUGAAAAAUUCUGGUGAAUGUAAAAAAAAAAAAAAAAAAAAAAACGUUAAAAGAAAAACAGUUUACGUGACGUAAAGCACAUAAGUAAAACUGGAGCAUGUGUGGGCUAGUAUGCAAUGCAUGCAGGAGAUAUACGGUGCAAUGUACAGAGAAUGUUCCUGUCUUUCCAAGCACAACCAGAUUGAGAGAGGGAGCGCGCACGCACGAGAGAGCGGAGGACCGGCCCCUUCUCUAGCUACUCUGACACCACGUGGUUUCUUCUUUGCAAACAAAAAAAAUUAGUAAAUUCGACUCGGUUUUAGAGGCGGUGCCAUCGCCAAGCGGUAGGAUCUGUGUGACAGUGCAGGGUACAGCUUUAGGUUGAGGGGCAGCGAGAGGAAAGAAUUUCUCCCGAUCCCGCUAUAUACUCGUACCACUAUUCCAUCGUAACAAACAUCAGCUUAAUUCAAACUGUUAUCAUUUCUACACCGUACUGGGAAUUCGCGAAGCUUGCUACAGUGAAGAAUAUUUGCCACUCGCCUGCAGGACUUAAUCAGACUACAACGUUACUGUUAGUCGAACUUUCCCCAUUUUAUUUUGGAUUGUCUUGCAGUUUGAUUUUUUUUUUUUUUUUUUUUUUUUUUUUUUUUUUGUCCUUCACGUUUUUAAUUCCAACCGGCUGACAUUUACAUGAUUUCCUAAUCUGCGGGUAUUUUAGUCCUUUUUCAAAAUUAAGAGCGUUUUUGCGGAAAGUUUUAUUUUCAUUUCUAUUUUUGGGGGGGAGCGUUACAGUGUUUCACGAUGAACAAGCUAUACAUUGGAAAUCUCAAUGAAAACGUGACCGCAGAAGACUUGGUUAAAACCUUUGAAGAUUACAAGAUUCCAUACUCUGGACAGUUUCUCAUGAAAACUGGCUAUGCGUUUGUUGAUUGCCCGGACGACCAAUGGGCAAUGAAAGCGAUUGAAACAUUUUCUGGUAAAGUGGAACUUCACGGCAAACGCAUUGAGGUCGAACAUUCUGUCCCUAAAAAGCAGAGGACCAGAAAACUUCAGAUCAGAAACAUUCCGCCACACCUACAGUGGGAGGUUCUUGAUGGUCUGCUUGCCCAGUAUGGAACUGUUGAGAACUGUGAACAAGUGAAUACAGACAGCGAGACUGCAGUUGUGAACGUCACAUAUGGGACACGAGAGCAGGCUAGACAAGCUAUUCAGAAGCUCAACGGUUACCAGUUUGAGAACAACGCCCUGCGUGUGUCAUACAUCCCCGACGAGAACUCUGAGGUCGACUCUCAACGAGGCCCAGACAAUGGCCGUCGUCCCGGAUACGGUCCACGAGGAAACUCCCGCCAGAUGUCGCCUGGUUCGGGAAUCCCCUCCAAACAUCAGCACGCUGACAUCCCUCUCAGACUGCUGGUGCCCACACAAUACGUGGGUGCCAUCAUUGGCAAGGAGGGCGCCACCAUCCGUAACAUCACCAAGCAGACCCAGAGCAAGAUUGAUGUGCAUCGUAAAGAGAACGCAGGUGCUGCCGAAAAGCCCAUAAGUAUCCAUUCUACCCCAGAGGGCUGUUCAGCUGCCUGCCGCAUGAUCCUGGAAAUCAUGAACCAGGAGGCCAAGGACACCAAAACUGCUGAUGAGGUUCCUCUCAAGGUUCUUGCUCACAACAACUUUGUUGGACGUUUGAUUGGCAAAGAAGGACGCAACCUGAAGAAAGUGGAACAGGACACUGAUACCAAGAUCACAAUUUCACCACUGCAGGAUCUGACCCUUUAUAACCCAGAGAGGACCAUUACAGUGAAGGGCUCGAUCGAAGCGUGCUGCCUGGCAGAACAGGAGAUCAUGAAGAAAGUGCGGGAGGCAUAUGACAAUGACAUCGCUGCCAUGAAUACUCACCUGAUCCCUGGACUAAACCUGGGAGCCAUUGGUCUCUUCCCGCCAUCCUCAGCCAUGCCGCCUCCUGCCCUCGGAAACUCUGUGCCUGGUCCUCCCUAUGGCCCUAUUGGGGCCUCUGAACAGGAGACUGUCCAUGUGUACAUCCCAGCCCAAGCUGUGGGAGCCCUUAUUGGCAAGAAGGGGCAGCAUAUCAAGCAGCUAAGCCGUUUUGCUGGAGCAUCUAUUAAGAUCGCACCUGCAGAGGCUCCAGACUCGAAAAUGCGAAUGGUCAUAGUGACGGGGCCACCUGAGGCCCAGUUCAAGGCUCAAGGCAGAAUAUACGGUAAGCUGAAGGAAGAGAACUUCUUUGGCCCCAAAGAGGAGGUGAAGUUGGAGACGCACAUCAAAGUAGCAGCUGCAGCAGCAGGAAGGGUCAUCGGAAAGGGCGGGAAAACUGUGAAUGAGCUGCAGAACCUCACCGCUGCUGAAGUAGUGGUUCCCCGAGAACAAACCCCUGAUGAACACGACCAGGUCAUCGUCAAAAUCAUCGGCCACUUUUACGCAAGUCAGUUGGCACAGAGGAAGAUCAGAGACAUUUUGACACAAGUCAAGCAGCAGCAGAAAGGAGGUAUGGGAGUCCAGCAGGGGCCCAAUCCACAGGCCAUGACUGAGCUGGGGACUCCGCCGCAGGGACUGGCACAAGAACCCAGGAGGAAGUGAGAGGCCGGUGCCGCUAGCCAGUCAGACGGACAGACGAAUGGGAGGACAAAUGAGCGGACUGACUGAGAGAGAGAGUGACACACAGACCCAGCGGUAGACAGGGAGAAAUGAGCAGCAAACUGAGAGGGAAUUAAAAAGAGAACAAAAGACAAAAAAAAAAAAAAUAUGCCUGAGAGAGAAAGAGGACACAAGUUUAGUGAAAAUGAACAAGAAAAAAAAAAAAAGAGUGAUUUUUCUAAAGAAGAGAGAUGACUAGAAAACAGAGACCAGAUGCCAGGCCAGGUGGAGUGACUGAGGAUGGCGAGGAGGUCCGUCAGAGCGGAGCGCCCUCUGGUGAGAGCUUUUAUUCAUAGCCGCUUCUUAGGAAUAGGGCAUAAUGAUGGUCCCGCAAAAGUGUAUUCCUAAAGGAUUUCAGUUACAUAGGACCCUCAGCCAUCAGCAGUCACUUCCGAAUUUUAACUGUGUGUUUUUUUAAAGAUAGAGAUAUAUGUAUAGAAAUGUUUAUUCAGAGGUAUUAUUAAUGAAAUGCAGUGAGGUAGAGAUGGGAGACCGAGAGAGCAGAGAACCAGUCGCAAUUUAUUAGUGGGCGUGGUCACCAAUCAGGUGACUUCUCCCUACCUAUCAGAGAUGAGGGGAGGGGCCAAAGUUGUUAACACUGCUCUUGAAGUCCCCCACGCUAAACUGUGGGGGUGACGAGAUGAAAAAAAAGAUGAAAAAAUGAGGUUGUAAAUAUAAUCUUCAUGACUUUAAGUUGAGAUGCUGCACGUUUAACCGUCGGCAAUCGCGCACCUGGUUUGAGAGGGUUGCUUGCAGCGCUAUUCGGAGGCUUCCCUUUCAGGCCGCGUGCCGUUUGGCCGGCGGGGCGUGCGGCGAGAGUUCAGUAAGCGUGUGGGCUAAAGGUGACCUCUGCAGUUGUAUUGCAGUGGAUCAGCUUUUUAACUUGCGGAAGGCCAACGUUUCCGCCCUAAACCACGCCGGCGAUGAUCGCUGCAGCGCCGCUCACACCUAAACGGCAUAUUUUAUAUAUAUUAUAUAUAUAUGAUAUGUGAGUUAACCUGGCCCCUCGUUGCAUUGGAGCAGGCAGGCGAUGAAAUGGAGCGUACCGUAAUUUCAGAAAACUGACAUUGAGCAUUUUUUAAAAAAGUGUUCUCUUUUAGGAACGUGUGAUUUUCGUCAUCUGUAAACCUGGUCUUCAGACGUAUUGUUCUGUUUUUCCUGAGAAUAGAAAUGCUGUAAAAAUAUGCAGAGACCGAAUCAAGUAAGGACAGUCGUCCUGAAUGCCAGGUUUGAUUGACAGGUACAGCCUCCACAAACCUGCCUUUAGGUCAAAGGUCAAGAACAGGUGAUAGCAAUAUGGUUUCUGUGCUCUCUCUCGCCCACUUUGUUUGACAUUUGCCGAUGAGGUUGCCAGGGUCCUGGCCUUUCUCACUGAACUUAGAACAGAUUAGAUAAAAUGAAUUAAGAAAAAAACAAAAAUACUACCUCAGGGUAUUGUUACCUCAGUAUUCCUAAUUUCGUUCUUCUUUUCUUUUUUUCUUUUUCUUUUUUCCCCACUUUUUUUUUUUUUUUUUUUGCUUGCUGGUGUUUUAUAUAAAAGCUGAUGGUCUUGAAUAUUUUAUUUUUUUAAGGAAGAAAUAUUUUAAAUUUUUUUCCCUUUAUUUUCUUUUUUGGUAUGCGUGUAUGUGAGAGUGUAAUUGAGGUUUUUUUCCCCUCACCUGAGCUCAGAAGGACUCCCAGGAAAGUGAUGAAUUGUUUUAUGAGUCUCGCCUGGGGGUCUUUGAAGAUUCACACUUGAAAUCAUUGGCCAAUGGAACGUAGGACAGAUCUUACCAUCUCUUACUGGUGCAUAAUGAAUGUUGCCAUACCACAGGUAACUCAUUUUGAUGCAAAUGCGUAUGUUUGCUGUACAAGCUGACUAUGGAAAACUAAAAAUGGCCUUUUCUUCUAACUUGUGCCAUUUAUUUUUGCACCUGUGGUGUGAUCUUGAUCAUUCUGCACUUUGACAUCAUUGGUUGGCUUACUUGAAAGGGCUUGACUUGCUCGAAAAAAAAGCAUGUCGACCAUCGUCGGCCCUAAGACACCGAAUGUGAAGCAUUUAACAUCUUUCUCUUUUUUUCUUUUGGAUGGAGUCUCGUCCUUCUCCAUUGUCCUGUGCAAGUGUGCGUGAGUGUGUUUUCUAAUUGAGUUUAAGUGUUAAAUCUUUUUUGUUGGGGAAGUGGUUUGGGUGUUUUAAAAAGGCAGAAAUAUAGAAAACACUCUAUGGCCUCGGUCAUACUCAUUUUUUUAAACUGA